AUGUGUUGCCUCCGUGCACUCGAGCCGCACCUCGCGCCUCUGCCCGCCUUGCAGGGACCGCUUGCAGCCGCUUGUUCGCUCGCUCCCUCGCUCGCUCGCUCGCUCGCCCGUCCAUUCCUCCUCUGGCUCGUGUGCGAAUUUCCUCUAGCCAAGGUUCACGCCAUCGAGCUUCCGCCGCUUCCCACCCUCGCCGAAGCCCAGACGCGCCUCUGCGUCUUCUCUUCGUCGUCGUCGGUGACAGGUGUCGUUCUUCUUGUGCCUUGCUUGCACCGCGCUGCACCCGUGGCGCGUCGUUCCCAGUGCCUUUUGGCGAUACCCGAGCAGAGCCCCUUCCCACUCCUUCCGCUUCUGGUGUCAUCGACAGCUCCUGCGCCUCAUCUCGCCGAUCCACGCUUCUCAGCCCAUCCCGUCUCGCUUAGCAUUCCCUCUACCAUCACCCUCGCCUCCCCCUGCACGCCACCAUCGACUGCCCCCUUGUUUGGUCGUCUCACCCUCCCCACUUUGCAUCGAGUUCCACCUCUCGUUCGCAACAACCACCUCUCCAACCUUAAACUGCUGCAUAUCCUGCUCCAUCUGCAGCCUCGUCGCGGCGUCUUUCUGGCUUCCAUCUCCGAUCUCCUUAUAAGACAAGCGCACUCACCGGUGUCCUUCCCACCUUUCGCAACGCCAGUUCGCCGCCAUCCUCCACUCGCCGACCCAUCCCUCCCAUCCCACCCCACCUCUCUCUCUCUCAUCGUCACCAUGUCUUCUUCACAGGCUUCCACCUCGGCCUCGACGCUCAACUCGAGCUUCCUUCGCCGCCACCCUGCUAGCUUGAUACCCAAGCUCGUCCACAACCCCGCCAUCACCGACCUCAUCAAGAGCCCAGUGACGCGCGAGAUGGUCGUCUACCUCGCCAACCAGGCUGCCCACGUCAUCCAGUGCGGCUCCACACAGUCCCCGGACUCGCCGCCUGCCACCCCCACCCGCUCCAUCGCCUCGGCCGAGGCCGACCCGGCGGGCAAGCUCGAGAUCAACGGCCUGCCUAGCCUCGAGACCUUCAUCGCCCUGCUGGUCGAGAGGUCCAACGUCCAGGUGCCCACGCUCCUCUGCACGCUCGUCUACCUCGACCGCCUGAGGUCAAGGCUUCCUCGCGUUGCCAAGGGCAUGCACUGCACGCGCCACCGCGUCUUCCUCGCCACGCUCAUCGUCGCCGCAAAGUACCUCAACGACUCGUCGCCCAAGAACAAGCACUGGAACAAGUACGCCGCGCUCUUCUCUCAGGCCGAGGUGAACCUCAUGGAGAAGCAGCUCCUCUACCUUCUCGACUACGAUCUCCGCAUCGAGGAGGACGAGCUCAUGGUCCACUUUGCUCCCUUCUUCCGCCGUGUCGAGACUCGCUCCGAGGCCGGUCGUCGCGAGAUGCACCUCCGCGGUCUCGAGUGCGGUCGCGAGCGCGAGCGCUACGUCCGCGCAAGCGAGCGUCGCGUUCACCUGCGCAACCUGCCCGCUUCCGAGGUGCCCUGCUGGAACCAGAAGAGCGAGCCGAGCCGAUACGAGCAGCACCGCCGCUCGGCCGCCUACGACUCGCCCGACUCGUUGGACGCCUCUCCCAAGGAGAUGUACGCCCAGCAGUCUUCGUCGCUCAUGAGCCGACAAGACUCGGUCGAGUCCAACGCGAGCUCGACGUCGUCGGAAGCCGAGCUGACCGACGACAAUGGCUCGUCCUCGUCUUCGGCUGAAGACUACGACGACUACGAGGACGACUACCUGGAGCAGGAGGGCCUCGACGCGCGCAUGCAGCAGCACUCGGUGUCGGGACUCCCCUCGAGCCGCUCACGCCCGGUCAUGGUGGUGCAGAACGAGGAGCUCGAGGCACACAAGCCCGGCUCGGCCAUGCACCGCUACCUCUCGCAGGCGGUGCCUUCGAGCCUCAAGAAGAGCACCUCUUCGCAGAUCAACAUGCAGCAACCCAGCCAGGCGCACAUCCCCGUCUCGCAUUCGAUGCGCAGCGUGCGAAGCAGCUCCAACCUGCUCUCCAGGAUGCUCGGCGGUCACCACUCGUCGGCAGCCUACUAA